AUGCAUAUGACGUCGCUUUAUAUACCCUCUCUCACCAGUGCUGAGUUAGACCAGUUCUCUUCAUAUACCCUGAUUGUUGCAUGUGUGGGUGUGGGUAAUGUGGCUCAACUAGCGUGUGACCUUCUUAUUCACAACUUAGAUUGUGACUUUGUGAGUAGUUUAAAUUUCAAAUACUCCCCGUCUGUUGUCGGUAUUGGUAUUAGUCAGUUGGAUCGUAGUCAAAACUUGAUGACUUCGUCAGAGGUCUACGCUAACAAUAAACUCAGAUUAGCUGUGCUACAAAUUCGGGCUCCUCCAUUUUCUGGCUGUAAACAAAAGUAUGUCAAAGAGCUUGUAAACUUCUUGAAAACAGUCAAGUUUCAAGCUGUGGUGCUACUUUCUAGUAGUUUUGCUACUGUCCUUAAAGAUGAAGAGCUUAAUGCUUCACCCCUACGAUAUGCUGUUUCAUCAUCAUUCAGUGUUUCUGAUCGUGAACGCUUAGAAAAAUUAACUUGUUCCCCUCUGACCAUAUACAAUGACCAAUUAGACUACAAACUAUCUGUUCGGUACCAUCUGCCCGGAUGUGGGAUUGCUAGUUAUUUAUUCGAGAAAUUAGUUGAACUUCAAGAUAUACCUGUAUGCCUGUUGAAUUUCUUCACAUCUGAAGGAGAUAACAGUGGUGAUGCACUUUAUGUUGUUCGAUAUUUGGAUAAGUGGUUACAGCUUACUUCUCAGUUGACUGAUAACAAAUCUGGUUUUAACUGGUCACCUCCACCUUCGUGGGGUUUUCUAUUUGGGACUGAUCCUAUUAACACUUUAUAUUAA